GAGGCUUGGAUCAAAACCCCAAAACCCCGGAGGAGGCAGCGGCGGCACAAUCAGCCGCAGCAAGCGCCAACUCACACCGGCGGCAUGGGUCGGAGCAGCAGAGCCAGUCCGUGCGACAUGGACAGGGAGUUCGCCCCCGAGAUCGCUCAGCUCCUAGCUACCCCGCCUCUCCAAUCCGCCAAGAAAUACUAUGAUGAACUCAUACAAUCCAAGAAACACGAUGCUAUAAGAGUGAACUACAACAGCGAGCAUGGGAAAGGUAUUUGUGCAAGCAAGGAUUUCGCUGAAGGGGACGUAAUUCUGAAGGACCAAAUGUUAGUUGGUGCACAACACAGCCUUAACAAGAUUGACUGUGCUGUGUGUAGUUAUUGCUUCCGCUUCAUUGGUUCAAUAGAGUUCCAGAUUGGACGUAGACUGUAUUUGCAAAGCAUUGGUUCAAGCAUUAGCUGCACUACUGAGAGACACUGUCAUGGAAGUGAUGUGGGAUCGAGCACUGGUUGUUCUGGUGUAACAAAGGGAAAGAGUAAUACUUUGCCACAAGAGGUCUUAGAAUCACUUAUAAAUGGUGAUCAUUCACUACCUUUCUCAGACCUUUUCACUUUACCAAAAGUUGUUGCUUGUCGUGGAUGUGAGGAAGAACACUACUGCAGCCAAUCUUGUGCAGAUUCUGAUUGGGAAACAUACCAUUCUUUGCUCUGUGCUGGCUCCAACACCGAACCAUCCCGAAGAUCUGCUCUUCACAAAUUCGUAGAGCAUGCUAAUGAUACCAAUGAUAUUUUCUUGGUUGCUGCCAAGGCUAUCACUUUCACCAUAUUGAGGUACAAGAAACUCAAAAGGCAACAUGAAUUUCAAAACAAACUAGAUGAAUCAAACUUUUCUUUGCUUAUGGAAGCCUGGAAACCACUUUCCAUGGGCUUCAAAAAGAGAUGGUGGGAUUGUGUUGCUUGGACUGAGGAUGUUGAUUCUUGCGAUGAAGAUUCAUUUAGGCAGGAGUUGAUGGAUCUAGCAUUUACGUCACUGCAGCUUCUCAAGGAUGCGAUCUAUGAUGCCGAGUGUGCACCAUUGUUCUCUCUUGAGGUGUAUGGCCAUAUCGUUGGCAUGUUUGAGCUGAACAAUCUUGAUUUGGUUGUUGCAUCGCCAGUUGAAGACUAUUUCAUGUAUAUUGAUGAGCUUCCUGACAAUGAGAAGGAGGAAGCUGAGAAAGCAACAAUGCCAUUUCUAGAUGCUUUAGGUGAUGACUGUUCAAUUCCUUGUGAGGGGACAGCGUUUUUUCCUCUGCAAAGCUGUAUGAACCAUUCAUGCUGUCCAAAUGCUAAAGCAUUUAAAAGAGACGAGGAUAAUGACGGCCAUGGAGUGAUAAUUGCUCUGGAGCCCAUCAGCAAGGAUGAUGAGAUUACAAUCUCCUACAUUGAUGAAGAUCUUCCAUACGUAGAGCGACAGGCACUGCUUGCAGACUAUGGAUUCACAUGUGCGUGCUUGAAGUGCCAAGAAGAAAAGCUGAACUGAACGAGACAGACUGGAAUUGCUCCAAAUUUUUGCCGUAAUGAGAGUGCAUCCUGCUUGUAGUUUAUAUGAUGAUAUCCUGAUUUGACUAGAUGUUGGAUUAUACUCUGUCGAGACUGCCUGUCAUUGUAUAUUAACCUUUGUAGCUCAUGUCAUUGGAGAUUUUAACAGCUCCAAAAUGUUGGAUUGCGAUGGAGACAUACUGGAAUUGGAAUGGGUGCUGGUUUUUGCUUUGUUUUAUGUUGAGAAGUUACAGAAAUGGCA